AGCUAGGCGUAGUAAGCUAACGUUAACAAAACCAGUUAAAGUAACCUUCACAUAGUUGUGACAAAUACGAUGUAAAAACUUCUCUGAGUUCGGAGUUUUUUUUAGAUAUUACUUAGCUAAUACAUUAAAGGCAUCUACAGAUACAUAUAACUGGAUUAAGUUCAUAUACAUUGAAUCCCAUUGAGAAAUAAGUCUAAUUACACAAUGAACAUACAGGGUAUUCUUAUGGAAAUGUUUCCUCACGAUACAUCAUUUUGAAAACGUAUGAAAUUUAACCUAAUGACAAGAGCUCACAGUCUUUUUUAUGGGCCGAUUGAAAAAAGUCCCAGUUUUAAGUAGAUGUUGUCGUUAUUUGUCACUCUUUUUUAAGAAGCUGUUGAACUUUGUCACAAUGCGACGAUUUUUAACAAGAGUCAUAAACCGAGUUUUGCUGUGUGCGCCGUUUACACCGGCGAUGGGCAUUGAAGCAGCAAUACACACACACGGCCGACGAAGGCUGGUGGUGGGACUGGGUAACCCGGGGAUGGAGGGUACCAGACACAACGUCGGCAUGGCGGUGCUCGGCACGCUCGCCGCCCGGCUCGGCGUGGCUGACCGUUGGCGGAGCGACAAGCACGUGUCUGGUGAGGUCAUCGUGUCAGAGGUACAACAAACACAUGUGGUGCUGCUCCGUCCCAGGCUGCUGAUGAACGUCAAUGGAGUGUCAGUGGCCAAAGCAGCUAGUAAAUACGGCAUCGAGCCUGAAGACAUCUUUCUGGUCCACGAUGAAAUGGACAAACCUCUGGGGAAAAUCUCCGUCAAACAUGGAGGAAGUGCCAGAGGUCAUAAUGGAGUCCGCUCCUGUGUAGAUUGUCUUCAGACUGAUGUGAUGCCCAGACUUCGGGUCGGGAUCGGCCGUCCGAUGGAGAAAACACAGGUGGAUCGUCACGUCUUGGGCCGGUUCUCCUCCGAGGAGAAGAAGGUUCUGGACUCUGUUCUGGUCCAGUGUGUGGACCUCCUCCUCUCCCAGCUCUCUCUGCAAGACUCCCAGCAGGACUCCCUGUCCCCCUCCUCACCAGCAGGGGGCAGACAAGCAGCACAGAAGAGGAAGGAGAUGGAGCGCUCAGCCUCUCCAACUGGGAACUCUGCUGCUGCCCAAAGCACCAAGGGCCUGAACUCAAAAACAUGAACCCUUACAGAGAGAAGAUGUUUACUGUGACUGUAUUUAUUCUCUGGUGUGAGGUAGAAUGAGCCAAAGCAGACACAUUUCUACAGAGCUUGAUAACUGCUCGCAAUGAUCGACUUGAUUCUUCUUGGUAAUCCUUCGACUGGAGCAGGUGUGUGUGUGUGACUGUGACCACAAGAAUAGGCUAAAAGCUCAAAAUUAAUGGAUUCCACAACCUCCUAAAAUCAGAGCUGCAACUUGUGCUGUGUGGAUAUAUUUAAAAAAAGAUUAUAUUUUACUAUAUUUAAUGUAAAGAAAUGACACAAAAACACAAUUUGCCAGUCUGAAAAUCAGAAGAAAAAAAGAAUGUCCGAAGUUUUGAUUACUACCACCAGGCAGGUUGUGUGUUCACUCAUAUUUGUCUGAUUGUUGGUUCACAUUGAAACCUAAAAUAACCGAGGAAGAACAGAUUUCAGUAAAAAAAAGUAUAUGUUUUUGAUGUGUAGCCAAGAAUAUAUUACGGAUAUCUAACAUUGCAAGAUAUGGCUUUAAAAAAUAUUUUCUGAUGAGAUGCUGUACUUGAAUGGAAGACAAUGAUAUAUUAAUCCUAUGGUCGCUUGCUCUGUGUGUGUUUUGAAGCUCAUACAGAUGCAAAUGAAAGAUUCCAUUUAUUCUGAUUAAAGUAAUAAAUUAAGAGGACUGUGAAGCCUCCUGGAGGUUUAUGGCAUUUGAAAUUGUUAUGCCACCGUUGUUAUAGAAAGCACAUUGAUCUUAAUAAUAAAAUAGCCCAUUUCGUCAUAGUUUGUUAUUUGCACGAUUGAUUAAAAUGUGUAAAUGCAGGAAAUAAGUCACUCAUACGUGUGACUUAAUUACAAAUAUGUGCAUACGAGUGGUUCUCUGGCCUUUCUGUACAGACAUGUUCUUUAUUGGCAAAACUCUGAAACUGAUGCAUCUGUGAUCAGCUGAUAUAUCCAGCAGAGAACAAUCACAGCACUGGAUUGCCAACACUUUACUACAUUACUACAAACAGACAUUUUGGUCCAAAAUGCUGAGUUGAUUCUCCACUUGAGGAUACCUGCUUCUAACAGCAGCUGGACUAUUGUGCUAUUGUCUUUCAGUACUUCAUAUUUCCAAAUGGUGCAUUUUAUUAUUUACUCUAAACACAGCUGUAGUCAGGACUCAAAGCGCAACCUAGAGACACAUAAUGUGUUUGUACUGUAUGAGAUGCUGCUCUGAAGUGUGAGCACUGUAAAUGUCUUUUUGGGAACAGCU